GGCGUGAUCUUUUGCCCAAGUACUAAUCUGCCAGGAUUUUUUCGGAACCUCAAUUCACUCGAUAACAUUGUAUUACCUCAUAAAAUUACCCACACCUACCUUCCAUCUUACCCCUCCGAUAAUGGCAUUCUCACGAGCAGCUAUUGUGCGCAACUUGCGCAACUUCCGAGCUAGACCAACCGCAGCACGCCCUCAAUUCAACCAAGUUGCUAGAAGAACUUAUGCCAGUGGAGGUCAUGGAGAGGCAAAAUCAGGUGGUGAUGCCGUUUGGGCUGCCGGAGCAGUAGCCGUUACCGUCCCAUCAUGUUGGUUCCUGAUCUCAAACAAACCAGAACCUGCUCACAGUCACGGAGGACACGGGGAUAGCCAUGCACACGAAGAGCAUGAGGAAGAGAAGGAAGAGGAGGUAGAAGAGAAAGAAGAAGACAAGCCAGCCGAGUCUGAAGAGAAGACUGAGGAGAAGACCGAGGACAAGGAAGAGCCAAAGGAGUCCGAGAAGACCGAAGAAUCCGACAGUGAUGACGAGGCUAAGGAACAAGACACACCAGCCACUUCCGAUGACGAAGAGACUGUAGGAGAGACUGACAAGAACGUCCGCAAGUCAAUUCCUGAUGCAAAGGGUGGAAACAAAGCUCGAUCAGAGAGCAAGGCUGCCAUCAAGCAAGGCGAGGACAACUCGGAAGCAAAGGAGGGAGAGCCAUCGGAUAAGGCCGCUGCUUCAAAGGAGCCCCAAAGCAAGAACACUCAAUCCGGCAAGCAAGAAGGCCUUUCGAACACUGACACCAAGCACUCCACCGAUAUUACCAACGACCCUAGCAAGAGCAAAAAGGGUGAAGGUGCUCCCGAGACUGCCAAGGUCAAGGGAACCGUCGACCCAAACCGUCCCCAGCCUGAGGAAGAAUCUGAUUCUUAAAUAUUCAAGUUUAUGAUCACGAUUGAGAUACAAUAAUGUGUCUUUUGCCACGUCGUAAUGUACAUAAUGUAUCAAAAUCCUUCACAAAAGCACAAUGAUAGAUAUUGGGGGGAAAUUAUCAUGAACUACAGUUUCUUCCUCUUGUUUCUUCCGCAAUGUGUGCAUCUCUUCAUGAGUUGAUAUAACUGUCAUAAUUGAGCGCCUAUUCUACUGAAUAGCUACCGGUACUGUAGUUGUGUUAGAUUCGAGAGUGGGGAGCAAGUUAUUAUAAUAAAAAGUUUUUUGACUGUUUAGUGUCGGAAAUAUACGAACCA